CCCCCGCUCAGGGACAGACCGUCGCCUUCGCGUCGCUCCCUCGCGCAGCGGCACACGGACUCAGCCGUCCCCACCGGCAGGAUGUCUCCUCUGGCGAGCCGCCUGCUCGUCCUCCUGUGUCUGGCUCUGCCUCUCUGCGGGCUGGAGAAGGUGAAGAGUCGAGGAUACAGAAAGGAGCCGGACGUUGACAAGUGCACAGGAAACGAUGCAGACAACCCCAACUGCACUAGACUCUCCUCGGACGAGGGACGAUCUCCUUGUCAGAGCAGCAUGUAUGGCAGCUGCAUGCAAGGCCCAGCAGGAACCCCCGGAAGAGACGGUAAUCCCGGAGCCAACGGCAUUCCAGGCACGCCAGGUAUCCCGGGCCGUGACGGGCUCAAAGGUGAAAAAGGGGAAUGCGUGAGUGAGAUUUUUGAGGAGCCCUGGAGGCCCAACUACAAGCAGUGCGCCUGGAACGCACUGAAUUAUGGGAUCGACCUGGGUAAAGUGGCGGACUGCACGUUCACCAAGCUGCGCUCGGACAGCGCUCUCAGAGUCCUCUUCAGCGGCUCCCUGCGACUCAAGUGCAAGAACGCCUGCUGCCAGCGGUGGUACUUCACCUUCAACGGGGCCGAGUGCACGGGGCCCCUGCCGGUGGAGUCAAUCAUCUACUUGGACCAGGGGAGUCCGGAGCUCAACUCCACCAUCAACAUCCACAGAACAUCCUCAGUGGAGGGGCUGUGCGAGGGCGUCAAGGCGGGGUUGGUGGACGUGGCGGUGUGGGUGGGGACCUGCGCCGAUUAUCCCCGGGGGGACGCUUCCACGGGGUGGAAUUCCGUGUCCAGGAUUAUCAUAGAGGAACUGCCUAAAUGAGAAGACAGAGAUAUGAAAGGGAGGACCCGGUCUUUGUAGUGUAGGAAUCAGUCGCCUGACACGCCGGAAAUAACCGGAUACGACCGGUUGAGGCGUGACAGAGUCUCUGAUGGUACCUUGAAUGUUUUUUUUUGUUUGUUUUUGCUGUUCUGUUUAAUUACAUGUACAAAAAAUUCUGACGCUCUGCCUCCUUGGAGUAAAUUCUGUAUUGUGGUUUGUUUUGAAUUUUUUUUUUGGUCUGCUGGUGGCCUGGUAAUUGAUUACAGUAACCAUUCAAAUGUACUGUGUGACGUGUGUGUGAAUCGUUUCUGUCAAUAAAGUCAUCUUUUUCUAAAGA